AUGAUUUAAAAGAAAGUUCUAAGCAGCAGCGACGAGAGCAGUGAAGAUGAACAUGUUGAAGAUUUAAUGGACAAAUAAAAGUUAGUGUAGGCUAAAGCUAAUAAACCAACAAGAACUUCUGUGAGCGCUGAAGUUUAUGGACAAUUUAAUAAGAAAGGUCAAUUCUAAGCCAAGAAGGUUAAUAAAAGUGAAGAUGCCGUUAAAAGAAUUAAACAAAGAAUGAGCUAAGCAUUUAUGUUUAGUGCUUUAGAUGAGCAUGAAUUAGCUAUUGUUAUUGAUGCAAUGGAAGAGAAGAAAUUUAAGGCUGGUGAUUUUGUGAUUAAACAAGGUGAUGAUGGUGAUGUACUUUACGUUGUUGAUCAAGGAUAACUUGACUGUUUCAAAGUAUUCAAAAAGGGAGAACCUGAAAAGCAUUUGAAAGUUUAUCAACCUGGAGAAUCAUUUGGAGAAUUGGCUUUAUUAUACAAUGUACCAAGAGCAGCAACAAUUAAAGCCAAAACUGAUGCAAUCUGCUUCUCAUUGGAUAGAGAAACAUUCAAUCACAUUGUCAAGGAUGCAGCUGCUAAAAAGAGAGAAAAAUAUGAAGAAUUUCUUAGCAAAGUUGAAUUAUUGAAAGAUAUGGAUCCAUAUGAAAGAUUGUAAAUUGCUGAUGCAUUGAAGGUCUAAAAAUUCAACUAGAAUGACUAUAUCAUUAGAUAAGGAGAAUAAGGAAAUACAUUUUAUUUCAUUCAAAAAGGUGAUUGCAUAGCUACUAAAACUGAAAAUGGAACUGAGAAGGAAGUCUACAGUUAUAAGGUGGGAGAUUAUUUCGGAGAAUUGGCUUUGAUUAAACAUGAGCCAAGAGCAGCAAAUAUCGUUGCAAAAAGCGAAGUUAUAGUAGUAUAUUUGGACAGUGACAGUUUCAGAAGAUUGAUUGGACCUGUUGAUGAAAUUUUAAAGAGAAAUAUGGGUAGGUAUGAAAAGUAUGUAAAAAAAUGAGAAGAUAUUACAUAUAUAUUUAUUUGCAAAAUAUUUUAUCUUAUUAAUGUUA